CAGGCGGUGUGUUCGUACGGUAAGCUUAGCGGAGUCAGAAAUCAUGGCAAGAGGACUAGGCUUUAUGGCGGGGAAUAUCUCAGUAUCAUUGGAACUGUCCCUUAUUCGUCCUCUUCUUUUAUUCAUCUUCAUAGGUGUUUGUAGCAACGAGGUUGUGGUUCCAGAGCAUGUUCAAGUUGUGCUUGGCAAGAAUGCCACGCUAAGCUGCAGGGUGGAUGUGGGUGCCAACCUCAGCCUGACACAAAGCUCCUGGGAACGCAGCUUGCCCAUGGGCUCUGUCACAGUGGCAGUAUACAAUCCACAGUUUGGCAUCUCUAUAUCUGAGGAGUACAUAAAUCGUGUACACUUUCUCAACCCAUCAGUAGAGGAUGCCUCUAUCAUGUUGGAGGGAGUAGGCUUUGCAGAUAUUGGCUCCUAUAUUUGCAAGGUGGUCACCUUUCCACUGGGUAACUCGCAGGCUUCUACAGUUGUUGACAUCAUAGUUGAGCCUAAAGUAUAUGUGUUGGCUGGUCCUGAUCCUCUGGUGGAUGGUAAUGAGGAGGGUGUGGUGGCAACCUGCAUGGCUGAAAAGGCCCGGCCUCCGGCUGAUGUGUUCUGGGAGGCGGAGCUUUAUGGACGCUCAGAGCAAAUCAUACAGGAUGAACCUGAUGGCACCACCUCAACUCAGGUGGACUACAUCUGGGCACCCAGCAGUCAUGCUCUUAACCACGCCCUCACCUGUGUGGUCCGUCACCCUGCCCUGGCUAUGGAUUUGCGCAUCCCCUAUGUGCUUAACGUACAGUUUGCUCCAGAUGUCAUGGUUGUAGGCCAGAAUGAUGUUUGGUAUGUGGGCCAAAAAAAUGCAAAGUUGGACUGCAGAGCAAAUGCCAAUCCUCCUCCUCAUCACUACUUCUGGACCAGGCUCAACAUGCAGUUGCCUGCAGGGGUAAAGAUGACAAACAGCAGUUUGAUCUUCACUCGUCCUCUUCAGAGAAAUGAUUCUGGAACUUAUAGAUGUGAGGUCCAGAACGAAGUUGGACUGCAUUCGCAGGAAGUACACAUCUGGAUACAUGAGCCCCCAUCUACACCUUCUCUUCCCACCACUACCAGUGGAGUCAUUCCUGGCCUGUACAGCUCAUUGCCCACCCACUUCCGUGCCCGCUUCACCUCACCAACACUGGCAUCACUGCACGAUGGCACAAUGGGCACUGUGGUGGGUGGUGCCAUAGGAGGCACGCUGGUACUGAUUCUUCUGCUGGCCAUUGCUUUGCUGUGGUACAUACGUCAGCAGCGCACAUUCCGAGGGGAUUACUACACCAAGCAGUAUAUUGGGCCCUCGUACAUACAAAAAGAGUCCCUUGAGCUUCAUGAAACCUUUAGAGAUGACUCAGCUAACAGCAGCCAAGACCUGAAACAGGAACCUGAUGGUGAUAGAGAUUCACCAAUCAACAACAGUUUCAGAAAAAACAAAGGCCACUGGGACAGUUAUUGCCCUGACAACUCUAACAUUAACACAGUUGGGAACAAUAUGACCCCUUAUCCACAGGAGAAGAGGUAUGAUCUUGCCACAGACUGCGACUAUGUGUCUCACAAGGACGGGUCUGUGAUCUCUCGUAGAGAAUGGUAUGUGUAAAUAUGUGUGAUGGUUAAUAAAAGAUGAGACUGUACAAAAUACAGUAUUACCAAACUCUUAAACUAAAGGAAAGAUUCUAAUGUGUAUAUCAGGCAAAUUAAAGGCUGUAUUGUUUUAUAGCAAUUACCUUGAUUAUUCCGUUAAGAGGUUGGUCUGGCACAGCAAAUGUCUGUGUUUUGUGCUUUUUUAAUCCCAUGAGAGAUCAAAGAGUAUCCUGGAGCAAUGAAAACGUGGGAUCUAUUUCCUCCUCAUUUAUGUGCACUCUUAAAAUCUCUGGUUCAGUUUUAGUUCCUUUGGUAUGUUUUGCAUAACAAAUGCAAUCGAGAGGAAUUACAUUGUACUGUCUAUAUGUUGUAGGUCUGUAUCAUUUUUUCAUUGUUCUUAUUGUUCGGAAAAAAAUUGCAUGAGUUGGAUGCAAAUAUUUUUUAAUUCCCCUGGACUGUAACGAUAAUGAAAAACAGCACAGUGAAAAUCUGCGGCACUCUUGUUAAAGUACACAUCUAUUUUCUUUCUUUUAACUACUCAUGUAUUCAUUUUUAAUAAUCAGUGGAUGAUUCUGAAUUCCUCACUACUUCCAAUUUUAGGUAAUGAAAUGGAAGGUAACAAAGUCUAGUGAUGGUAAACAAUUGGUCUAAAGAAGCCUGGUGCCUCAAACUGUCCAGCUGAGGAGAUGUUAAUUUAGUGCCUCCAGAGUAUUGGUGCUCUGUCCAGGUAGUUUUGUUUUGUUUUUUUUGCCUGGCUAGGCGCUAACUUGUUUUUUCAUCUGCAUGAAAAACACUGGUGAUCUACUGCAUACUGCCUGUAAGAUUUCUGUACUCAUGGCCAAUUGUUAUUAGAAACAGUGCCGCCAUGUAAGAGAUAUAAAUCACAUUUUCCAUAACCUCAUAGCCUCACAGUUUGCAGACCAGCCUGUCAGCUCCUUCAUAUUCGGCUGCAUGCUGCACUGAUUAACAUGCAGGUCUUCAUUAGCCACAACUACAAGUCCUCUGGUGUCUCUAUCAGGCGUGUUCAUAUCAAAAUUUUCAAAAUGUGUUUCUGUAUCUGUCACUGCAACCAGAAUAUUUGCUUUUUUCUCUGGCCGCCGUUUCAGUAUACUUAUUUACUUCAGAAACAUGGUGGGAUACCCCAGUCGUUCCCAUUAUUCAAUAAAAUGGGUUAGGCAUUCAAUAAGCUGUGCAAGUGUAUAAUUCGCUUCAUUAAUUUCAGUCUGCAGCACAUUCACUGUAUCACUGUGUUGUACUUAUCCAUUAUGUUCUAAUCAUAAGAACACUCACAUCAUAGGCUCUCCUACACCAGGGUGGCAUCAUUAGAGAAACUGCAGCUAAAUUGCACCCUGAGGACUGCAAUUGCUAAGAGCAGUUUGCACUGAAGUCAAAACCCUAAAUGGUUUGAAAUAAUGACGUUAUAAAAUGAUAAUAAAUUCAGAAAUAACUCAAAAGCUUCUGGAUAUACACUUGCAAUUUUUGUCGACAUAGUAUACAGUUAUUAAAGAGAACUUGUUUAUAACUGCAUUGUUCAGUGUCACCCAGAGUAUGGGUCUCCUUUUGAGUCUGGUUCUUAAGUUUUCUUCCUCAUGUUGCCUCAGGGAGUUUUUCCUAACCACUGUUGCCACUGUGAGGCAGCUAUAUGAAGCUUUUCUCUUCUGCACUUCAUUACACUGUUGUAUUGUUGCUAAUAGCUCUUGCAUUUGGCCAAUUGCUAACUCCUUCUCUCUACAUUCAUGCAGCAAAGGAGCUUACCAUUUCUUCCAUAGCAGUGUCUACUGUUUGUUUAUCUCCCAGCUGGGACUGUGCAGAGUUAGAGGAAGAAUAGUAGGAAUAGAAAGGCUUCAACUCACUUGUUAGUAUUCAGACAGCUCCACACAUCAGUAUUACACUGCACUAAGGGCAAGGCUUGGUAAGUGCUUGUUAAUGAUUUGAUUAUGUCAGAUAAAAAGCCUGCCCUCCACCCCUGAAAUAAAGAAGUGCAUUAAGAAGUUCAAAAAGGUAAUGAUUUAACUAAACUAUGGAAUUCAGCCCAAUAAUCUGUGUCUGUUUCACACACUCAAAUAUAGCAAGAAUAGCAAGUCACACACUAGAAAUACCAUUAUCCAAGGUGUUCACCACAUGUGUAUACAUGAAAAUGGGAAAGAGGACAAAUGUGGGGUCAGUGUCAGAAGGUGAUGACUAUUUUUGGUACAUGGCAAGGAAAUAAAGACAAACAUCUCCACUAGUUCAGAGGAAACAUAGGCAAGUAGAAGAAUGUUAAUACUGUAGAAGCUAUUGCUUAUUAGGUCUUACCAUCAACAGCAAUAAAACACUAGGUCAGUCCUGGGACUCGAGUAGAUGCAGAUGAAAAAGGCUAAGAAUAGCAAUAUUGGAACUAAAGGCAACUUGCCACUCAGUUAGAUUCUGAUUUGUUUUUAAGCUCCUCAACCAGUGCUGUCCCCUCCAUUGAUUUGCUAAGCACCAGUUCUAACACAGCACAUCUGCUGCUCAGGCUGAUUCCCAAAGACAAACUUUACAUCUAAGGUUAAGCCUUUUAAUUAACGUUUCCCCACAUUUCCUCUCUAAUCAGCUUCCAUCUACUUCAGCUUGCACAUGCUUUACUUAGUGGUUAGGAACAGCUGUUUUAACAGGAGGAUGUUUCAUUUUAAGGAGGAUCUUUUGACUAGUUCUGUAUAAAAUUAAUUCUGCUUAAUGGAGGUCUCAUUUUAAAAAGCAUUCAAUAUCGUUCAAUAGUAUUAGAUUUGCUUUCAUGAGCUUGACUUGAUUUUGUAAAAUGUAGACAUAUUUAUGUCAUUUCUUGUUGAAAUUUUAAGCUCUGGGCCCGCUGUCACCUCUACCUGGAUAUAAUGGUUACUGAAGUUGAAUGAUUGAAUAAAUGAAUGAAUUAGUGCCUGAAUGAUCAUGAAUUAAGGCGCAAAUGAUAGCAAGGUGUUUAGAAUAUGUUUGUGUUUGGAGGGUCUGUGCAACUGGUGAACAUUGACGUAUAACUGGAUAUUUUGUACAGUAGUACUGUGAAGUACGAAUCGGCCAGUUGUAAAAAAUAUUAUUGUAUGUAAAUAUCUUUGCAGGGAUUUAUGUGUCAUUGGGAUAGAUACUAUUUUUCUAUAAAGUCUCAGUCUACAUCCUCAGACAACACGAGUGCUUGAUGUUUUUGUUUUUAAUUAUUUUAUUUUUUUAUUUUGUGAAUUGAUAUUUUACUGUAAGGUCAAAGUAGGUUAAUAUCCCAAAUGAACAGUUAUGUAAAAAAAAAAAAAAAGACAGGUAUGUAUUCUUGAAUAUGUCCAACAAACAAACUGACACAACUAAUGUUUGUAACACAAAGCUGGAAUUUUCCACUGAUGUGUUAUCAUCCUCUGUAUCUGAUUGUCCUACUGGUCAUUAUGGUAAUAAAACAGAGAUGACUUGAGAGGAAACUUGCAAUAUAUGAUGGAAGAAACUGUCAUCAUUUAUGUUUCAAAUUAUUUAUGGAAUUGAUCUACAGGAGGUAAACUGACUCCAUCAUCUUUAAAUGUUGUUUGGUUUGUAACAGUGUGCCAUACAGAACACACAGGAUACAGAAGAGGAAGUACAUUAUGUUCAAAAUGUCAUGUCUAAAAUUGGAAACAGAUGAACUGUAACUUAAACUUGCAUGUCUUGAA